AUGUUCGAUGCCUGCUCCCCUCAUGUGGACAAUGUCUUUGGGCCUUGGGUUUCGGGAUGUAGAAAAGGGUUCGAUUUUACUCUUCUUUUUGAGCAGGCCAUCUUCUCCAUCAUUCCGUCGGGCUUAAUAAUUAUCAGUGGGAUAUUCCGUCUUUGGAAGCUGGGUCGACACACUCCGAAGAUCAAAGCUGGACUGGGCAGUUGGUUGAUAUUGUGGAAGCAGAUUGUUAUUAUCUGCUUGACUGCCACCCAGCUGGCACUGACUAUUCUAUGGGCAUCUCCUACAUCUCACCCCACAGAUGUCUCUCUUGGAGCAUCUGUUCUUUCACUGGCAGCAACAGUCCUUCUGGUCUGGCUCUCAUUUCUAGAGCACGACCGGUCAAUUCGACCCUCGACAGUGAUUCAACUUUUUCUUCUCUUUUCCAUUGUUUUAGAUCUUCCACAGGCAAGGACUCUGUGGCUUCGUCAUGAUAAUGAGGAAAUCGCGGGGUUGUUUGCCACUGGUCUUGUGCUGAAACUAUGCGGACUCUUACUGGAGAUGGUCGAAAAGCGACGGUUUCUCCGUCAUCGCUAUUCUAACAGCGCGCCAGAGUCUUUGGCUGGAAUUAUCAAUAUCAGUCUGCUUUGGUGGUUGAAUCCACUGCUUAUUCGCGGAUAUUCAACUAUCCUGGACUUGCCUGCUCUGUUCAAUCUGAGCACGGAAUUGACUUCACGGGAUCUUCAGCCCAGAUUCAGACAGACAUGGGCAGCUGCUGACAAAGAGAGACCGCAUGCUUUGAUCAAGGUCACUGCAGUUUGCCUGUGGAAGCCACUUUUAUCAACAGUGGUUCCGCGUUUACUGGUGAUUUGCUUCAAGAUCUGCCAACCCCUAUUGACAGAGAAGGCAGUCUCACUUCUCUCACAGCCAGACAGCCAAUAUAACACCAACGUUGGUCGUGCUUUAAUCGGUGCCACUGCUCUAACGUAUAUUGGCAUGGCCUUGAUGAUAGCAAGAUACAAGCACAAUACAUACCGCCUCAUUUGCAUGGUCCGUGGAGGACUUGUCGGUCUAAUAUACGACGCCACUCUCCAACUGGGAGCCACUGCAGCGGAACAGUCAGCUGCUAUCACACUCAUGGAUACUGAUAUUGAACGGAUUGUCUAUGGCCUGGAACUGAUGGAUAGCCUAUGGGCCGGUCCGAUUGAAAUUGCCGUUGCGUUGUAUUUGCUGAGUAGACAGAUUGGGAUAUUCUGUCUUACUGCUGCGGUUCUGGCUAUAAUCUUCAUAUUCUGCCCACUCGCCCUCAGUCCAUUUUCAAGAUCAGCACAAAGAUCGUGGAAUCAGGCUGUCCAAGAGCGAGUUGCAGCAACUGCAUCUGUACUCGGUCAUAUACGGGCAGUCAAGAUAAUGGGCGUAACGGAAUCUCUCCAAACCAGACUACACGACCUUCGGAUUCGAGAGUUGCAGAUUUCUGCUCGUUUUCGAGGGAUUCUCUCUGUUGUCAUAACUCUGAAUGGGAUGCUACGAUCUGUCGUCCCAGCUGCGAGCUUGGUUUUAUAUGUUCUUGUUACGAAUGGAAGUACAUCCGGCAGUUUCAAUCCGACGGUAGCUUUUACUUCGCUGUCCUUGAUUGCACUGAUUACGGAUCCUGUCAAGCUUAUCUCCAGGGCAAUCACACCCAUGGCUGGGUCUGUCGGCUGCUUCCAGCGUGUUCAAGAAUAUUUAACCAGUUAUCAAGUGAGCCACGAUCGGGUCUCCCGAAUGUCCUGUUCCAAUUGCCAGAGCACGGAUGAGAAGCCCUUCAAGUCUCCGUCUGUUGCUAUUGAAGAGGACGCAGUGCUACGCCUGAAAGAUGCAGACUUUGCAUACGACCAAGUCCCAGAGCAUUGUGCUUUACGGGAUAUCAGCAUACGCCUUCAGCCAAGUUCCUGCACAAUGAUCGUUGGACCUGUUGGGAGCGGGAAAAGCACACUUCUAUUAGCCCUGCUCAACGAACUCCAUCUCACUCGGGGAUGUUUCCACACACCACGAUCGCUCACGAUAGGCUACUGUGCUCAGAAUCCAUGGCUCCCCCAUCUGAGUAUCCGGGAAAUUAUCACUGGAUCUUCAGAUUUCGACGACGCCUGGUACUCCACUAUAGUACAAACCUGUGCAUUGACAGUCGAUAUCGAAAACAUGGCAGAUGGCGAUGAGACACUGGUUGGAAGCCAAGGAGCGAGGAUGAGUGGUGGCCAGAGACAGCGUCUAAGUCUGGCGAGGGCUUUAUACGCCCGUCCGCAGCUUCUGCUAUUGGAUGAUGUACUUAGCGGGCUGGAUACCUCUACUGAACAGAUCGUUGUUGACAGCAUACUCGGUGCGGAUGGUGUAUGUCGACGGAACAAUAUGACUGUCGUACUGGUUACAAACAAAGUCAGUCAUACUCGCCUUGCAGAUGGCGUUAUACGAAUGCAUCCAACCGGGUGUAUUGCUCAGCAGGGUCCACCAUCAGAAAUGGAUCUACGUCAAGAUAUCUGUUUUACCAAAUCUGAGGUGUCUGAGCAUACAAAAAAAUCGAAAGAUGCCCCAGAUAAUUCCACACUGUUGAAAAAUCCAGAUUUUGAGAAACCCCCCGAUAGCUCCUGGCGAGCAUCUGGAAGUAUUACAUUAUACUGGUAUUACUUUCGUGCCUUGGGAUGGUGUCUUACUAUGGCAUGUCUUGUCAUCGACAUCAUCAGUUCUUUUUCUAUAAAGUUCCCGACGGCUCUGGUCAGAUGGUGGUCUGAUAGUGAGGUACAACAUCCAGGCGUCCAUACAAAUCUUUAUGUCGGCCUUUAUAUCAUGUUUUGCGUCUUGAACUUCCUCGCCUUUGCUGGCAUGUCAUACCUGGUACUGCAGAUAGCAGCUCCCCGGUCGUCCAUCCGCCUUCAUUCUGCUCUUCUCAGUACAGUCAUGGCUGCUCCAUUGUGGCUGUUUACAUCACUUGACUCGGGACAGUUACUGAACAGAUUUAGUCAGGAUAUGUCGCUUAUCGACAUGGAUCUUCCAUUGGCGCUGAUGGACUUUCUUUUCUCCUUGGCAGGUUGCAUAGCGGAAGCUGGUCUAAUCGUCUCAGCAUCAAAAUGGGCAGCUCUAAUACUCCCAGUUCUUUUAUUCGUUCUAUAUAUCAUCCAGAAGUUCUAUCUCCGCAGUUCGCGCCAAUUGCGACUCCUCGACCUCGAAGCAAAAACGCCUCUAUACUCACACUUCCUUGAAACGCUUCAAGGCCUAACCACUAUCCGAGCCUUUGGCUGGCAGAGACCAAAAGUAACCAAGAAUAACGAAUAUAUCGACUCCUCCCAGAAGCCAUAUUAUCUACUCUACAUCAUUCAAUGCUGGCUAGGUCUCGUUCUGGACAUGACAGUGGCAGGGCUAGCGACAUUCAUCAUGGCGCUUGCCACCCAAUUGCCUAGCUCGUCGGCGGGGUCUUUGGGAGUUUCUCUUGUCAGUAUCUUAUCAUUCAGUCAGAGUUUGUGUUAUUUGGUGCAGUUCUGGGCGCAUCUCGAGACGUCACUUGGGGCUGUGGCUAGGGUGAAGAGAUUUGAAGAGGAGACGCCGUCUGAACAUCUUCCGGAUGAGAAGAUGGAGCCACCUGAGAUGUGGCCGAUGAAGGGGGAUAUCAGGUUUAGUGAUGUGGCAGCCACUUAUAAACCAGACCUGGAACCGGUCUUGAAGGGAUUAUCCUUACAUGUCCAACCAGGGCAGAAGGUGGCCAUUUGUGGUCGAACUGGAAGUGGAAAGAGCAGCCUUGUCCUCGCUAUACUCCGACUAAUCGAGCUAUCCCAAGGGGACAUCUUUAUCGACGACAUCCCACUCAGCAUCGUCCCCCGCCAGACAAUCCGCUGCCACAUCACAGCAAUGCCACAAGACCCUCUCAUAGUAUCAGGAACAAUUCGCUUUAAUAUCGAUCUUUCCUCCACACAUCCAGAGCAGUCCAUCAUUUCUGCCCUCGAAAAGGUCGGAAUGUGGCCUAUAAUUUCACAACGGGGUGGCCUAGAUGCAGAAAUGGAUACUCUGGCGUUGUCACGCGGCCAGCAGCAACUGUUCUGUCUUGCGAGGACCCUUCUAUCGAACUCUAAGAUUAUUAUUUUCGAUGAGGUUGUUUCUAAUGUCGAUCGCGAUACGGCUAGACAAAUGAUGGAUGUUAUCCAUGCUGAGUUUAGUGGUCGAACGGUGUUGAUGAUUACGCAUGAUAUGGAGAGUAUCAGAGGGUUUGACCCUGUUGUUAUAUUGGACCAGGGGAGGUUGGUUAACCAUGGAUCGCCAGGAGACUUAUUGCAGCAAUCGAUGAGUUUUCAACAAUUAUGGGAUGUAAUAGAUGAGAUGGAAUAA